AUGACGCCUACACCUCCCACAACCAAUUCUUCAACUGGCGCAUCUCCCGACAAUGGCCAGUUUCGCGUCGUGCGCAAGAGAAACCGAAUCCCUCUCUCGUGCGGUCCUUGUAGACACAGAAACGCGCGUAAGAAGCCCGGCAUCCACCAUGUACCCACUGGCACCCCAGACGACAUGCAGAAUCGCAUUGAUCGACUCGAGAGUCUGGUCCUGUCGCUCAUGACCAACGGCACCCAGGCUGCUGGUCCGUCCGCUGCACACGCUGCCAUCAACUCGAGCAGGAGUAACAGUCUUGGUACAUCCAUCAGUAUGCCCUUGGAUCCUCACAGAGACAGCAUCAGAGAAGUUGAGGGAGAAGACAGCGAUAUCAAUGACGUUGCUCAAGAUAUUGGUAUCAUGAAGAUCGAUGGCGCCAAAGCCUUUUUCGUGCCCGAUGCGCAUUGGUUCGCCAUCCUGUCGGAUAUCGCUGAAGUCAAAAACUACUUUGCCAGUCACAAAGAGCAAUACCAAGAACAGUUCAGAAAGGUUGAGGCCUCGAAACAAGACGAUGCCUCGGGCUCGUUCCUGUUCAAAGGACCUAGGCUAAACAACAAGGCCGAAAUUCUUGUUACAAUGCCCGACAAGAACGCUGUUGAUGAUUUGGUCAAGCGCUAUUUCCAAUCAUACGAUCCAGCAGUCCAUAUCAUUCAUGGCCCGACAUUCCAAGUGCAAUACGACAGACACUGGCAAAACCCCAACGACACACCCGUCACCUUCCUCGCAUUGCUAUACGGUAUGAUGACUCUCGCUCUGCAAUCGUACACUAGAGCUGGCGAUGAGCCGCCGGAGUAUCAGGGCAGAUCGCAUGACCUGUCCAUCUCCUUCAAGCGUCUCACAGCGCAAUGCAUUGUGCUUGCAGAUAUCACUCAGCCGAUGCCACAGUUGGUUGAAGCCCUCAUACUACACAUUCAGGCCGAGCACAGCAGCAGCAAUGACGCCGAAACUGGCAUUCUCUUGCUUGUCAACUUGUGCACCCGCCUGGCAAUGCGUAUGGGUUAUCAUAGAGAUUCUGGCCCGUACCCUAAUGUUUCGCCAUUCACUGCCGAGAUGAGACGACGGGUUUGGGCCUUUGUUCGCCAGGCUGAUUUGCUCUUCUCUUGCCAAUUUGGUCUUCCUCCUACCGUUCGUCCCGACGCCACUGACUCUGAACUACCACACAACAUCUUCGAUGAUGAGUUCACAGAAGACAUGAAGUUGUUGCCUCCUUCUCGACCAGAGUCAGAGGUUACUCCCGCAUCAUACAUGAUCGCCAAGGCUCGGUUGAUAUCGUGUUUUGGCCAGAUUGUUGAGCGCAUUCAAUCAGUGACAUCGCCUCCGUCCUACGAGGAGAUUAUGAGAUUGGAUGCCCAGCUUCGCGAGGCUCGUACUCAGAUUCCUCCUCAUCUCCAGAUGAAGCCUCCUUCGGAAUUGGCGACGGUCGCACCUAACCUCAUUAUGCAAACAUACGCUCUGGAGUUGAUUUAUCUCAAGUCACAAUGUAUGUUGCACCGCAAGUUCAUCGCUAGAGGACGUGACUCGCCGCGUUACGCAUACUCAAGACGAACAUGCAUUGACGCCUCGAUGGAGAUGCUCAACCAUCAAGCUACCCUGUAUUUGGAGUCACGGGAUGGAGGCAAGCUGCGAUCGGUAAAGUGGUCCAUCUCUUCACUCACGACACACGACUUUUUGCUUGCAGCCAUGAUUGUGUGUCUCGAUCUGUACCACACUUCGGAGUCCGACCGAAGUGUGAUCAAGACCUCUUCAUCAAAUCCGUCCUCUCCAUCGAGUGGAGAUGUGUGGACGCAGGAUCGAAGAGAACAGAUGAUCGUGGCGCUCCAGCAUUGCGCAUCGAUCUGGGAGAGUUUGCGAGAUAAAAGCAUGGAAGCCUACAAAGCAUCCACGCAGCUUCGCGUCAUGUUGGGCAAACUGAAAGCACAGGAACAGCAGCAGACGUCAAUGGUUGGCGGCAGAGAGCAGCAAAUGCGUAGCACUAACCAAUACGGCAUGCGUGGCCAUUCUUAUGGUGCCUUCCCCAACGGCCAAGCGUCUGAUCUCGUUGAAGACGAAGUUCCACCUGAGCACUCUGCUGCGAUGACUUUGGGACUGUUGUCAGCCGGAGGCGUUAGUCCUAAUGCUGGAUUUGCCUCAAAUACUCCUGGCUCGCUCGGCAUGGAAACGCGUGGUUUCCCGGCCAGUAUGGCGGGUUUGCUCAAUGAGCCUAUGGCCGAGCGUACAGGGUUGACACCACAGUACAGCGGUGUGGAUGUUAAUGGCGCACAAGCUGUUCAAGGUGCUGCAUCUCCUUUCACGCAGCUGUUUGGUGGCGCUGCACCAGAAGUAGACUGGGGUGCUUGGGAUUCAUAUGUUCAGGGAGAACCCAUGCAAAUGUGGUCGAUGAACCUUGAAGUCAACCCGCUGGACGGCCAACAAGCUCAACAACAGCAAGCGCAACAACAGGCACAACAGCAGUUGGCUCAACAGGCACAGCAAGCGAGCAUGAACAACAUGUUUAUGGGCCCAGCGGGCGCAGCCAACAUGAUGUGA